AUGCCGACCACCAAUGAAGCCGAUGAUCGUAUAAAGAAGUUCAAGAACAAAGGCAAAGACACCGAGCUGAGGCGCCGCAGGGUGGAGGUGAGUGUGGAGCUCAGGAAAGCCAAGAAGGAUGAGCAGAUCCUGAAGAGGAGGAAUGUCUCUUGUUUCCCAGAUGAGCCGCUGUCCCCUGAGCAGAAAACCAUGCAGGUUGCUAUGUCCUUGGAAGAGAUGGUGCAAGGCAUGAACUCUGGAGAAGCAGAGAUGGAACUGAGAGCCACACAGGCAGCCAGGAAGAUGCUGUCUCGUGAACGGAACCCUCCUCUCAAUGACAUAAUUGAGGCUGGCCUGAUCCCGAAGCUGGUUGAGUUCCUGAACCGUCAUGAUGAUAGUGCCCUUCAGUUUGAGGCAGCCUGGGCUCUUACGAACAUUGCCUCUGGGACCUCUGACCAGACCAAGGCGGUAGUGGAUGGAGGUGCUAUCCCAUCCUUCAUAAACCUGAUGUCCUCUCCCCAUGUUCACAUUAGUGAGCAGGCUGUGUGGGCUCUGGGCAAUAUUGCUGGUGAUGGCCCAAUGUACAGAGAUGCUCUGAUUAGCUGCAAUGUGAUCUCUCCCCUUAUUAGCCUCAUAACUCCACGGACACCGGUCGGCUUCCUCAGGAACAUCACCUGGACACUGUCCAACCUCUGCAGGAACAAGAACCCCUACCCUCCCAUGUCUGCGGUCCUUCAGUUGCUGCCAGUGCUCACCCGACUCCUGCACCAUGAGGACAAGGACAUUUUGUCUGACGCCUGCUGGGCUAUGUCUUAUCUCACAGAUGGAUCCAAUGACCGUAUUGAUGUGGUGGUGAAUACUGGAGCUGUGACUAGGCUGAUCCAGCUAAUGUACAGCCCAGAGCUGAGCAUUCUGACACCAUCUCUGCGCACUGUUGGGAACAUAGUCACAGGGAAUGAUGAACAGACCCAGGCGGCCAUUGACGCAGGAGUCCUCUCGGUGUUACCGCAGCUGCUGAGACAUCCCAAGCCUAGCGUGCAGAAAGAGGCUGCAUGGGCUCUGAGUAACAUUGCAGCAGGAUCCGCUCCACAGAUCCAGCAGCUGAUCACCUGCGGUCUCCUCCCACCCCUUGUGGAGCUGCUUAAUAAGGGAGACUUCAAAGCCCAGAAGGAGGCAGUGUGGGCGGUGACCAACUACACCAGCGGGGGCACUGUGGAGCAGAUCGUUCAGAUGGUGCAGUGCGGCGUGCUGGAGCCUCUCCUUAACAUGCUCACUAUAAAGGACAGUAAAACCAUCCUGGUGAUCCUGGAUGCGAUUUCUAACAUCUUCCUAACUGCAGAGAAGCUAGGGGAACUGGAGAAGCUGUGUCUGAUUGUGGAGGAGCUGGGUGGUCUGGAGAAAAUUGAAGCUUUACAGACUCACGACAACCAUAUGGUUUAUCAUGCAGCUCUGGCCCUGAUAGAAAAGUACUUCUCAGGAGAGGAAACCGAUGAGCUGAUACAGAUGGAGCCUAAAGCUGAUAAGGACGAGUUCACCUUCCAGGUUCCAGCUGCACAGAGAGAAGGGUUUAACUUCUGAAUUAAUCUACAGUGUUAGAACAAAACUGAAAUGUAUUUAUUAAAUCUAAAUAAAAUAUUUUUUUGCAAAUUUC